AUUAAUAUUAUUAUUAUUAUUAUUAUUAUUAUUAUUAUUAUAAUUAUAAUUAUUAUUAUUAUUAUUAUUAUUAUUAUUAUUAUCAUUAGAAUCAACAUUAUUUGUUUCUAUUAGAUAUCUAUUUAUUGCAAGUUAUCUUACGAUGUAUAUACGCACAUAUCGGAGCCGUAAAAAUUGAGAUUUUUAUCGCAUAACAUUCUUAUUUUCUUUAUUGUUUAAAACAGUAACAAAACAUUUGAUAAAUAUCGUCGAUAGAACGAUCUCGAAAAUCUGAUGUGAAAUCUGAUUUAGCAUUUUCGUCCUUUUUUCUGUUUUUCCUUUUUUUUUCUUUUUUCUUUUAUUUAUUUAUUUAUUUUUUUAAUUCUUUUGAUUUCUUAAAAUUUAUUAAGAACGUAAAGUACAACAUCAUUGCUACACAUUUUUAGUCGUUUUCUCUCUUCGUACCUUUACAAAUAAGAUUUAAAUCGAUGGAAAUCUGUACGUAAAAUAAAUGUUAUCGGAACGGGUAUCAAUGUCUCCGUGUAUUAUAAUACAUGAGGGGACAAGUAGAAUGUGUAUAGACUUUUCUAUUUAUUUUCUCUCUUUCUCUCUCUUUCUCUCUCUUUUUUUCUCUCUCUCUCUUUCUCUCUCUAUGUCUCUCUCUUUUUUUCUCUCUCUGUCUGUCAUUCUCUGUCCCUGUCUUUGUUUCUUUUUCUUUUUCUUUCUGUCUCUUCGUGAACAUUAAAAGUCGUGUAGAGAGAGCUUGUGACUCUAAUCAUAUACACAUACACAUACAUACACACAACAGUAUUAUAAUUAAUAAUGUAUGAACUUUUUCUAAAUUAUUGAUGAGAUCUUUUACGUUUUCAAAUAAUAUAUAUGUUCUCAUUCCGGCGAUUUGAAUAUAUAUAUAUAUAUAUAUAUAUAUAUAUAUAUAUAUAUAUAUAUACACAUAUUCAUAUAUAUAAUCGUAUUCAUUUCUCGACGUUAAGGAUUAGAUUUACGUAGCAUUUUAUAAUGGGUUAUAGUCAUGUUUGUUAGUUAUACAUACAUAGAAAUCUUAGCAUCGAGAUUUUUAUUGCGAAAAUAAAUCGCAUCGAUACGAAGAAUAUCCGAUUAUAUCGGUCAAUUACUUUGAAAACACGCGUCUCGAAAAAUCAUAACGUUUUAUAGAAUAUGUUUGAUUAACUUUUUCAAGAUAGAAUUUGAUAUCUGAAUAAGGAUGGUUACCAAAAAAAAAGAAAACGAUUACAAAAGUACAGAAAAUGUUGGACGAAGAAGAAAUAAUUAUUGGUAGAAAACAGAAAGAAAAAGAACAAAAUUGUAAAUACGAUGACUUUAAUUUAUCAUCGCGUAUAAUUGUAUUAAAAAAAUUAACGAUUAUUUAAUAUAUUACAGAUAUAAAUGGUAAAUGCAAGAAAAAGAAAUUGUCUUAGUUUUCUUCACGUAUGAAGAAUAUUUAUCCUUCGAAUAUUAUGAUAUUUAUUUCUACGUAUGUAUCUAUAUUCUCAUUAAUUAGAUUGAAUUAGAAGAAAAAGCGACGUACUAUAUUUAUUGAAUAUUUCUCUCAAAUUUGAUGAAUGGCGGCGAUGCAAAGAAAUUGUAUUGCAAUUAACAAAUUAGAAUCUUUAGAGAAAAUUUGAAUUUUGCAAGUAGUAUCUUUGUAUUAUGAAAUAUACUCUAUCAAAAAUGAAUUUAAUAAUCUUCUAUAUGUAUACUUUUAUUUUUUACUUUUUAGAUUAGAAAGAAUCCGAUAGCUCAUAAUUUUAUUCAAUCUAGAGAGAGAGAGAGAGAGAGAGAGAGAGAGAGAGAGAGAGAGAGAGAGAGAAUUGAUAAAAUGACAAAAAAUUUUUCCACUAUCACGCAUCACUAUUGAACUUAUUGUUAGUUAUACAUAUAAAAAAAUUUCUUUACCUUCGGUAAUUGAAUUCAAUUUCAUUUUCCCGCCAAUUUUGAAACAAACAAGUAUCACCAAUUGUGUUCGCUUGUUAUCCAAUUACAUUCGCGAAUUCGUUACCUUUGGUAGGUAAAAGUAAAUGUAAAUAUCGUUUGGAAUAAAUAUAAUUUUGAAAAAGAAGCAGAUAAUAUAACGCGAGAAUAAGAAUGAGUUAAGAAAUAUCAUUUGAAUAUUAUUAUAUUGAAUUAUAUUCUCUCUCAGAAAAACAAGUUUGAAAUAUCGAGGAGUGAGGGAUAAGAGAAAGAAAGAGUGAAGGAAAGAAGGGAGGGGGGAUUAUCUAAGUAAACUUAGCUUGUCUUUGUCGCACUGCCAUAAUGGCGCACAGGCGCACAGCGCAUUCUCACGGUGCGCGGUGGUACAAGAGCGGCGCAUCAAUGGGCGGCCAGAGGGUAAGAUGGCGGAUCGUGAUUCGGAGGUGCAGGAGGAGGAAAAAGAAGUGCAGCAGCGACAGCGACAGAAGCAGGAGCAACGCCGAACGAGAUCUGAGGUUAAGGAGGACGGUAUUCGCGGAAUGAACGCGAGCGUCCAUCCUAUAAACGAUACGACGAGUGUGAUGACCACGACGAUAAUGGCGUCGACAACGAGUACGACCACGGCGACGGCGACAACAACGACUACGACGACGAGUACGACCGCGGUGAACACGGUGAUCAACAAUGGUCGAGUGCCGCAACAUAAUCUUGUCAAUCAACAACAACAACAACAAAUGAAUAAUCCAAACGUUGGACAAGGACCGAGAUGUGUUACCAUCUACAAAACGGAGACUGGCUUUGGGUUCAACGUUCGAGGUCAGGUCAGCGAGGGUGGACAAUUGAGAAGUAUCAACGGCGAACUUUACGCACCCUUGCAACACGUCAGUGCCGUUUUACCCCGAGGUGCAGCUGAAAAGGCCGGUGUUCGCAAGGGUGAUCGAAUACUCGAGGUCAACAACGUGAAUGUCGAGGGUGCCACUCACAAGCAGGUCGUUGACUUGAUAAAGUCUGGUGGUGACGUACUGACGUUGACGGUGAUAUCCGUGACACCGCAAGAGGCUGAAAGGCUAGAACCUUGUGAGGAUCUAAGCUAUCCACCGAUAGACUACAGCGAAAAACGAUCCUUACCCAUUAGUGUACCGGAUUACCAUGUCCGUGAAAGGAAACACGAACGUUACGUUGUUUUCAACGUACAUAUGGCCGGAAGGCAUUUAUGUUCUAGACGUUAUCGCGAAUUCGCUGCCCUUCAUAUGGCCCUGAAAAAGGAAUUUAUUGGAUUUAAUUUUCCAAAGUUACCUGGAAAAUGGCCUUUUCAAUUGACGGAACAGCAAUUGGAUGCCAGAAGACGAGGUUUGGAACAAUAUCUUGAAAAAGUCUGUGCCGUACGUGUAAUUGCCGAGAGCGAUGCUAUGCAAGAAUUUCUAACCGAUAGGUUAGACGAGGACGGCGAUCAAGGUCCAGCGGUUGACUUAAAGGUUCUCUUACCUGAUCGCGAGGUCGUUACCGUGACGGUCGCGAAAGCCGCUUUGGUCAAGGAUGUCUACGAUGCGGUCUGUAGUAGAGUCGGACUUGAUUCGGAAACCGCCAAGUAUUUUUACCUCUUCGAGAUAGUCGAGUACAAUUUCGAGAGGAAACUUCAACCUCACGAGCACCCGCACACACUUUAUAUUCAGAAUUACUCAACGGCGAGUGCGACGUGCCUAGCGAUAAGAAGGUGGUUGUUCAAUGUAAAUAGGUCUCUUAGCGAGCAGGCCUUGACGUGGAUCUUUUGGCAGACCGUUGAUGAGGUCAACAGGGGACACAUUAGCGCUGGUGAGCGAUUGUAUCAGCUGAAGGCCCUGCAGGAUGCAUCUAGAAAACACGAGUAUCUAAAAUUGGCGAGAGAGUUGAGCGGAUACGGCGAUAUUGUUUUUCCACAUUGUGCUUGCGACUCCAGGAAGGAAGGACAUGUUGUCGCAGCGAUUGGCAUGGCAGCAUUCAAAUUACAUGCAGCAAAAGAGGAUGGUACCUUAGAAUCUCAAGUAGUCGAAUUUCAAUGGAAUACUAUAACCAGAUGGGAGGUAGACGAGGAAGGCAUGGCCUUUUGCUUUCAAUAUAUUCGACAAGAUAAUAGGCCGCCACGUUGGUUGAAAGUUUUCACGCCUUAUUAUACCUUUCUGUCUGAUUGCUUCGAUCGAAUAGCAGAAGAGGCGAAGUGGGACGAUCCCGGAGAAUGACGCAGUAUUCGUCGUUAAUACGUUUUUCUUUUCCUUUUUUUUUACUUUUUUUUUCUUUUCUUUUUUAUUCUUUAAUCUUUAAAUACCGAUCAUCUAUAAUUGACGAUCGAUUCGUAGCCUGGACAUUCGAUAGGAUUAUAACUUAUAGAGUGCGAUUGAACGAAAUAUCAUUUAUCAUAUCAACAAUGUCGCACUUUUCUUUCAUUUACAUUAGACAAAUAUAUAUUCGUUUUAUUAACACGAAUCUUAUAAAUCAUAUAUUUUCAUAUAUGAUACACGUUGUUCGAAUAAUAUAAUAUUCGAACCUUAUAAUGUCUUCUUGUGUUGCUUUUCUUUUUUUUUGCAAUAGUAUAUUAGAAGAAAUUAUAAAGAAUUAUAUAAUUUCAAAUGAAUAGUAUUUCCUUCUUAUACUUUUUCUUUUUUUGUGUGCUUAUUUUUUUUUAUAUUUUCGUUUUUCGUUUUUUUUUUCUUUCAUUUUUUUAUGUAAGAUCUGUUAUCUUCACUUUAUCUAUACUGUCACGUUAAUAAUGGAAUGCAAAGGAAUUAUAUAAGACGACGUCGGGUAAAAAAUGAAUGAAUAUGAGAGAACGUAAAUAACGCCUAGUGUCGGUAUAUGAUUUGGCCUAUAAGUUAUUUCCUAGAACGUGUAAUUCGAUUUCUCGUUUCAGAAACAAUCGAAUUACAAAUUGUUCCUUCUUAUUAGCCUAAUAUACAUGUAAGUGUAUAUAUAUAUAUAUAUAUAUAUAUAUAUAUAUAUAUAUACAUACAUACAUACAUACAUACAUACAUACAUACAUACAUAAAAUAUACAUAUUAUUUUCUUUUCAAAUUUCUUUUACAAAAGCGUUACAUAUUCUUCGUUGACUUAACAAACAAAGUAUUAUGUGCUUCGUUCGAGUUUAAAUCUCCUUGUACUAUCUUUCAAAUUUCAAUGUGCUUUUAUUUAAAUUUUUACGCUUACUGAAAGCUUAUUGAAAUUUUUGAGAUAUUCCAUGCGAAGUCUCUUCAAUGAUCGAAAAUGUUGGAAAGUUAUUAAUUAAUAUUUUCGAUUUGAAUCAUAUAUUAUUCCAUUACUCAUUCGUGAUCACCUUGUAUAUGUUGAAAAAUGAAAUGAAAUGAAAUGAAAUGAAAUGAAAUGUAAUGUAAUGUAAUGUAAUGUAAUGUAAUGAAAUAUUUCCAACGGAUGUAUGUUUUAAAAGGUCAAAAGAUUCACAGUUUAACAUUAUUGUAUCUAUAGAUGCCUAUUUUUUUAAAUUAAUGAAUUAUUUAUACGUUCUACGCGUUUAAAGUAAAUGUCUGAAUUAUUAUAAAAAUAUUACGUUGUAAAAUUAAUUGAAAAAAAAAAAAUAGAAAAGAAAGAGAGUAAUGGAGCACGCCUGACAUAAAACAAGGUACAUAUUUUCCCCAGUACUUCGGUGAUUAACAAUACUCAUUAAAUAGUACUAUUGAUAAGAGGAGUUGCUAAAUAAUAAUUAUAGUAAUAAUAAUAAUAAUAAUAAUAAUAAUAAUAAUAAUAAUAAUAAUAAUAAUAAUAAUAAUAAUAACAAUAAUAACAAUAAUAUUAAUAUUAAUAAUGAUGAUGAUAAUAAGAGAAUUAAGAAUAUAUAUAUUCAAUACAAGGAAUAUUAUUCUCGACGAGAGGACAACUUUUAGGUGCACCUUCGUCAUAUUUUGUCACGACAGAUACGAACGAUAAACUAUUUAAAGCUGUUUUUUUUCUUUUUAGUUGAUUUUUAUGGACCAUUAAUUUGUGCGCAUCGUUGUACAGUUUCAUACAUUAUUAUUUCUCAUUCAUAUUUUGUUGUAUUGUUUCAAACGUUUCUCGUUCGAAUAUAGUCUUGACUAUAGUAUAUGUAAAAUAAAGAAGUGAACACAUGUUAUAUACAUAUAAAUACACAUAUAUGUAUACAUUAUCAUAAACACGUACGCUUAUGAACACAAACACACCACAAAUAAUUGUCGUUAAUAUUUUUAAACUUUAUGCAGAAUGCAUCGCGUGAAUGAUAUGAAAGUAGAAAUGUAGAAUUGAGCGAUGUGAAAUUUUGUUGGACUAUACAUACACGUUCCCGAGAGUAUAGUAACAAUAAUGUUAAUAGCUGUAGGUAGAUAAAUAUAUCAAUGUAAAUGAAAAGAAAAAAAGGAGAACGCAGAAAUAUACGAGUAAUUAUAGUUGUA